CCUUGGAGAACGGAGCUCAUGCUUUCAGUUGGGAAGUGAAUGGAUGUGUAGAAAACGGGAGCCAGACAAGUGGUGAGGACCACAGAGUGGAAAUAGCAGAGAAGAACAAGUCCCCCAGACCUGUUUCCAAACUGCAUGCCCAGGAGAAGCAAGUCCGAUGGAGAAACAAAAUCUGAAGUCUCAUGUAGCCCCAGGAUUACAAGGCAAACUACCAGGCAGACCACCAUCACAUCUCAUUUCACAGGGGGCCCUGCCAAACGGAAGCCUGAGGAAGACACUGAAAAAGCAAAAUCAGAUGAUUCUGUCGAUGAAGAAGAAAAAGACCAGGAGGAAAAGAGACGUAGAGUUACAUCCAGAGAACAAGUUGCUGGACCGCUCCCUGCAGAAGAACCGGGAAGAGUAAGACCAGGAACACACGUAGAAGAAGAAGAAAGAGAUGAUAAAGUAAAGCCUGGUCACCUCCAGGAAGAAAAGAGACUCAGAAGUCAAACCGAAGGACUAACACCUAAACAGAAAUCUAAGGAGGAGCCAGACAGAGAUGCGAGGCCCAGAGGAGCUCAGGCUGAAAUGAAUGAAGGAGAAGACAAAGAUGAAAAGAGGCACAAAAGUGAACCCAAACAUCUAGCUAGCAAAUGGAGACCAGAAGUAAAAGAACCUGAAAGAGUAAAACCACAAGUUUCUGAUGAGAAAGAUGAGGAUGAAAAGGUAACAAACGCACAUGGUAAACACAGCAGUUCGACAUGGUAAAGUUCCCUGUCAGAGCGAAGGGACCUGGACCGUAUCCUCUGGGGGUCUGUGCAUGCCCGAAGAUGCAGAACAUGAAGAACACUCAGUCCCCUGUGCAAUCUAACAGCUCUAGUCCACAUGUCUCACCCCAAACCCAGGACACUAGACCUACUAGAGCAGGAAGCAAAAAUAUGGUAGGACUCCUCGGAAUGGCUGAGCCUUUGACCAAAGACCAAGCCCCACAGUCCCUAUGAACACGUUGAGAAUUUAGUUUGUUGCAAAGCAGUGCUCUGAGCUUCACAGCUAUGGCGGGGGUGGGGGUGGGGGUGAGUCUCCAUGGGACACACCCCGGCUAGAAGUCCCGAGUGGCAUUUAAUAAGUGACUCAAACAAGGACAAUGUGCAAUCCCCUUUUAAUACUUCUGAUCUCGGUGAAGAGCAAGUCUCACUUUGUUACCAGUGCAUCUCAAACCUUUCCAUGCAGUUGGUUCAUCUUUCAACAAAGACAACAGGAUUUAGGUCCAGAGUUUUUGGCCAGUAACAGUAAGGAUUAUAAUUUAAAAAAAAAGAAAUUGAGACAUUCCUCUUUAUUUUAGGUACUAUUACAUUUGAGGCAUAGUUGGAGGGCAAAGUAGUCCUCUUGUUCCUAAUAUCAUACUCCUUAGUUUAAAAAUAGUUACAGGAUAA